GCAGGGGUGGCAGCAGUAUGAUCCACAGACCGCCUGCAGCAGGGGCGCUGCCGGCCGACUCCUGCUGGGGCCCCGCGUGUAGCUGCAGCGCGGCAGUCCUAGCGACGGCCGGCGUGGAGCGGACACAGGGUGCCCUGCGAGCCGCAGUAGGCGCCGCGCGGCAGGCACUGCUCGUCGAAGCUGCACGGCCAGCCGAGCAUGGCAGCGUGACGACACGUGGUGUGACGGGACGUAAGGCGCACUGGCUGGGCGCCUUCGCAACGGCAGCGGCCUUGGCGACACACCGCGCCGCGCGUCACGCACGGCUCCGGACCGCGGCAGGAGUCGCUGAAGAGAGAACCCACGAAGACAGAGUCCGAGCUUAGCUUUCCGUCGGCCACGGCUAGGCAGCGAAGCUCGUAGCGGCCGGACGCCGAAGGCAGCCGGUCGAGUCGGUGCAGCACGAGUCCAUGAGCACGCAGCCGCAGGUUCUUGCUUAACCGGCCCGUGAAAAUGCUCUCGAGAGCCGCGUCGUCAGGCGGUCUGCCGUUGAUGGUCCAGGCGGUGUGCGCCGCCUGAGUGUACGUGAUGCUGCAACUUAAGUUGACGGCGCCGUCGCGCAGGUACGGCGCCUCGGAAGUGAUGUGCGCCACGCCGAGGGCCUCCUGGCCGCUGACGCCCAGUGCAGGCCACACGAGCAGCACCAGCUUCAGGACCCGCAUGGACGGCCGGGCAUAGCUUUCGCGAAUGUUUUGUUUCCCUCUAGGGGAUGGCACAUACCCACUAUGGGGGAUUGGCCAAGAUUUUGUUUGGUGCGUAAUGGUAUCGCUCAACUCACUGCGGGGGAUCGGCCGGUAGUAGGUGAAAAAGGGAAGAAAACUUAACGGGGCACUUAUGUAAAUUAAGAUGCUAAAUGAAUAAUAAUCGUUACUAUCAAUUUUAUGGCUCUGUUAUAGAAUAGGUGCUAUUCAUUUUUUUUUUUGCUACGCAUGCAUUGGUGAGGAAAAGAAAGCAUAUAAAAUAAACGUAAUAGUUCGUAU